UAUCUGACCUCCACAUGCCUGGGAGCCUCCAUAUGCCGCGGGCGCGGCCCCAGAAAGACAAACCCGUGCACCUCCUGGGGGUUCCAGCCGAUGAUGUUCCUGAUGCCGCUUCCAAACUUUCUUCCCGCUCCCGGCCUCCCCGGCUCUCUUCCCAGCAUCCUGGCCUCCGGAGCCCAGCACCGCCCGGCCCGGACCCCCGGGUCCUGGCCUUCGCACUUGCUCUGUGCUCGCCGCGGGUCCCCGUCCCGGGCUUUCUGCCUCCCUCGCCUCCCCUGAGCCCUGCCGGCGCCGAGCACGGCCCGCUCCCCUGGGAGGCGCCAGCGCUCAGGCGCGUGUGCCCGGUGCUCGGCUUGUCUGGGAGCCUCCUGCCCAAGCCGCACGGGCCCUCCAUGUGGUCUCCGUGCGGUGGGUCCCACGGGGUCAGCGGUGGCCGAGCCAAGCCACGGAGCUUCAAGAGGGGGUUCGGAAAGGCAGGCUCUUGCGGGCUGCUCGGGAGCCGGGUGGGGGCAUCGAGGCCUCCGGAUGAGCUGGAGCUGCAGCUCCGGCCACGGGGCUGGCGGGACGGAAGUGGGGGCCUGAGAAAGGCCGGGCUGUGGACAGCGGCUGCGACGCGGAGUCGGAGACGGUCGGAGCCAUCUGCCCUGGGGUCCCCAGUGCCUGGGACGGUGUCCGCUUGAAUACGGUGUGAGUGUGAAGGAGGAAGCAGGAGGUCUGUUCGCGCAGAGGAGCCAAGGCGGAUGCCAGGGUCCUGACUGCUGGCUGGGACAGAAUUCUUGUGUGAGAGGCUGCCGUGAGGUCAUGCCCUGUGGCCCGGGGACAGUGGGCUGGAGAGCAGGGCGCCCGGGAGGUAGUGUCAAGGGCCCCUGCCACCGCGAGCUCGGGCCGAGGAAGAGGUGCAGGUGCAGGCGCCUCAGGGACCGGCCUGGACUGUUGUGCGUGUGUCCCUUCUCCUGGUGGCCGGAGCCCGUCCGGGAUUCCCUGGCUCAAUAAAAGUGAAAGUGAAAUGGCAGGGAGAGGACAGCGUUUUCCCAGAAGAUUGCACCGUACACCCUGCCCUUCCCAGAACCGGCCCUGGCAGUGGAGAGGGCUCUGCCCCCCUGGGUGACCAGGUGAGUCUCUGGUCCUCUUGGGGCCUCCGUGUCCAUCCCGUAGUGAAGGGUCACAUGGGACCAGGGGCCAGCGUGCUGCCGGGGCGGGGAAGGGCCCAGCAGGGGACGCCCCAGCCUGUGCCCGGGGCUCAUCCUCCAGCUGCCAGGUGGGGCAGGUGCACAGGGCAGUGGACAGCGGUGCCUGGCAGCCCACUGAGAGCUCAGGCGUAGGGAGGGCGGUGGAGCCCACAGGAAGAAGGUGGCCACACGCACGGCUGGGAUCUCAGCAAGCCGCCGAGACGUCGGAGCAGCGGUGUGUUCAGCGUCUCCUCCCCCGCCGCCCCCGGAGGAGGAAGUUGUCACAGAUAUAUAGAGCCCGGCUCGCCAGCUCCGGACACACGCAUCAUGACCAGGAGGCAGAACUGGACUCCAGCCCCCAGGCCCCUGUGGGCCCUGCUCUUCUGUGCCCACGUCGUCUCCCAGGUGGCCAGAGGCACCCCUGUGCCCCAGGCCACCGUGGCUGCCAGCGCCUCAGCCGGGAUGGCCAAGGACCCCUGCUCUCUCCAGCCCCCGGCACUCCCGCGAGCUAAGGGGUGCCCAGGACUGGAGGUGACCUGGCCAGAAGAGGAAGUCCCAUUGAAUGGAACGCUGACCCUGUCCUGCACCGCCUGCAGCCGCUUCCCCCACUUCAGCAUCCUCUACUGGCUGGGCAACGGCUCCUUCAUCGAGCGCCUCCCGGGGCGCCUGCGUGAGGGCAGCAUCAGGCGGGAACGCCGGGGCGCGGGCACCCAGCUGCGGCGGGCCCUGGUGCUGGAGCAGCUGAGCCCCGGCCUGCGCCACGCCAACUUCUCCUGUGUUUUCUCCGAUCCUGGGCACACGGCCCAGCGUCACCUGGUUCUGGCCCAGCUCUGGCAGGAAACGCGAAGGAACAGGACUCGGCAGCGCAGGGAGGCGGCGGCCCUCCUGCCUCGGCCCUGAUCCCCGUCUGCUUCCCUCCGCCAGGCUGGGCUGAAGACAAGUGGGCCCCCUGCUGAAGGAGCCCCGCCCCCCAGCAGGUCCCCUCUGUGCCACUGUGCCGACAGGUGACCCCCAACUCCAAAGCCUGUUUGAAUGGUCACCUCUCCCUUGAGGUCUACGCACUCUCGGGCCCGAGCCGCCGCCCGCAUCCACUCGGUGUUGGGUGUGUCCUUUGCGGGACUGUCCCAGGAAGGGCAGGGAGAGAGACUGCCUCCGCCCCCACCGCAGGCCCACGCCGGGCGCGCAUAAACCUUCAGUGGUAGUGUA